GCCGGCCUCCUCCGCGCCGCCUGCGCCGGGUCCCACUCCCACCCCCUCCGCUGCAAGGCCCUGGAGCUCUGCUUUAACGUCGCCCUCAACCGCCUCCCCGCCGGUCCCCACCCCUCUGUCUCCAACGCCCUCGUGGCCGCCUUCAAACGGGCCCAGGCCCACCACCGCCGUGGGCCUCCCCCUGAGGCCCAAUCCCAGAUUCCUCCCACCUCCUCGGCCCAUCUCCUCCCCAUCCGCAUCCCCCUCGACCGCCUCGUCCUCUCAAUCCUCGACGACCCGAGCGUCAGCCGAGUCAUGCGCGAGGCUGGCUUCUCGAGCACCCAAGUCAAAAACAACGUCGAAAAAGCCAUCCUCAACAACAAUAACAAUAAUAAUAACCAUUCGCCACGAACAAAACAACCACCGACGAACAAAUCAAGAAACCAACACGAUGCCGGGAUAACCGCCGUCGAAACCCUAUUACUCGGCCGUAAAAACCCUAAGAGCAUUGUUUUAGUCGGCGAAUCCGUAUCCGUUUUGGAAUCUUCGGUCAAGGGUUUGAUGGAUCGGGUCGACCGCGGGUCGGUUCAUGGGGAUUUGAGGGAGGUGAAAUUUGUUACCAUACCGUCGUUUUACACGUUUCGCAAUUUGGGUCGGGAGGACGUCGAACGGAAGGUCGGUGAGUUGACGGGGCUCGUUAGGGGUUUGUUGGGGAAAGGUGUUGUUUUGUAUUUGGGGGAUAUUAAGUGGAUAAGUGAGUUUAGGGUUAGGUUAGGGUUGGCCGACGAGUACUAUUGCUCGGUGGAGAACGUGAUUAUGGAGAUCGGGCGUCUGGUUCGGGGGAUUGGGGAGGACGAGAGGUUUUGGCUAAUGGGGGUCGCGACUUUCGAGACGUACAUGAGUUGUACAAACGGGUAUAAUUCGCUCGAGAGCGUUUGGGGCUUGCAUCCAGUCACGAUCCUGGGUGAUAGUUUGGGGUUUUGUCUCGUUUCUCAGAGUGAUCAUGAUCAUGAAGAUGUCGAAAAUGGAAAUUCGGAUCAGCUACGACCGAUGAUUGUUAAUGGAGAUGUAACGCUUUUGUGUUGCGCUGAUUGCACGGCCAAAUUCGAAGACGAAGCUCGGAACUUACGAAGAGAGCAUCCAAGCUUGCCCUUUUGGCUUAAAGAUGAAAGUAGAAGACUUAAUAAUAGCCAUAAUAAUCAGAACUCAGAGGCAGUCAAAGAACUAUGCAAGAAAUGGAACUCAUUCUGCAACUCAUCCCAUAAAGCCCCAUUACCUUUAUUAGACAAAACCUUAACAUUCUCUUACACACCACUUUCCUCACCUUGCUUUUCAAUAUUUGACCAUCAAAAGACCGAGCCCGACCCGACCCGGACCCGUUUAUCCUCACCCGACCCGACCCGGACGUCCAAUCCAUUAGGACCUAGCAAUAUAAAUUCAAGAAACACAAUUUCUUCGAAUUCGGCUUCUUCGAGUGAGGUCAUGGAGGUGGAUCACGAGCGACAUUUCAACGGUGAAAAUCUCAACGCAUUAUGUGACGUAAUCGAGAAAGAGGUUCCAUGGCAGAAGGAUAUUAUUCCAGAAAUUGUUGCAACCAUAUUGCAAUGCAGGUCCGGAAUGUUGACAAGAAAGUCCCUAUCCGGAGGCCAUGAUAGUACUAACAUCAACGGGCCCAAACAAGAAACAUGGCUUCUUUUUCUCGGCCCGGACAAGGCCCAAUCCAAGGAGCGAAUCUCCAAGGAGUUGGCUAAGGUCGUGUUUGGCUCUUAUUCGAGCUUCUUCUCAUUCGGGCCGGGCUCAACCUCCGCCAUGUCAUCAAGCUACGUCGCAAGACUCGGUCGGGCCGUGUCAGAAAAUCCUCACCGGGUUUUCUUGUUGGAAAAUUUGGAGCAAGUCGAUCGUUGUUCGAGAAUGGGAAUCAAAAGGGCGAUCGAGACGGGGAGGAUUAUGGACGAGACGGGCCAAGAGUUCGGUUUUCGCGAUGCUAUUAUCGUGUUGGGUUGCAAGGGUUUUGGGCCUACGAGAGCCCAUUCUUUGGAUAAACGAGAAACGGAUAAAAAUGGGGUCGUUGAGGAGGACGAGAGCCAGUGUUUUUCGCUCGAUUUGAAUGUUUCUUUAGAGGGUGAGGCCAUUGAUGAUGAUGAUGAUGAGGGUUUUGAAUUUGACGAGUUUGGGAUUUUUGAAAAUGUUGAUAGAUGCCUAGUUUUCAAAGAGCCAUGACAUUGUAGUAGUAUGUUGUAGGGUUUUGGUCUGUGGAGAAAAUGAUUUCUUUUUGUUAUUUUUGCUUUAUUUUGUUAAUUCUAGGGCUAUGGUUCAGUUUAUAUUUUGAUCACAG